AUGCAAAAAUGGCUUCGUUUAGCAAAUAUACCCGCACUUAUCGAUUCUACAGAAUUACAUCAAUGGCGAUUCAAGUUGUAUGUAACAACAAAAUGUAUAGAGUCUGCGAUAGCUAUUUAUAUACAAGGACUAUCUAAGGGAGUACAGUUCUCGCGAAACUUUCAUGUAGACGUGCGUAGGGUUAUCAUGAGAACUCGAGAUCCGUAUUUGAUUCUUAAAUUCUAUAAUGACUUAUUUUUUGCCAAGAUAGUUGAAAACUCUGAUGAUGUAGCUUCCGCAAAGAUAGACAAUGCGUUAAAAAAAAUUCCUGCAUAUAAAGUUGGCAUAGCUUAUUGUGAAUUAACGAGAAAUGUAAAAGUACACAAGUUGAUUUAUCGCGAAGUUAUAGAUAAAUUGGCUUCGGAACAUAGCUUGGUGCAAAAUGCAUUACAAUGUUAUAAUGACAUGACAUCUAAGGGCUACUAUCCGGAUGUAUGGACUUAUAAUAGACUUAUAGAUAGUAUAUGCAAAUAUGACGAUUUAGGCACCGCAUGGAAGAUAAUAGGAGAUAUGAUUCGCGUUGGUGUACAUCCUGACAUUGUUACUUUUAAUAUUUUGUUAAACCGCCAAAUAUUGCGUAAAGAUUGGAGUCAAGCAGUUAGAAUUCUUGAUAUGAUUCAAGAAGCUGGACUACGUCCAUCGGAAAGCACGUUGAAUACAUUAACGCGGAAUAAGUUACUUGAAAAGCUAAAUUCUAAAGAAGCAUAUGAAUAUUCUGCUGUCGUAUUAAAAAGGAUUUCACUUUUUAAUCAUUUGGAAUGGUUCACAACUCUUGGAAAUACUACAAAACUAAUCCAGAUUUAUCAAGAAAUGAUUACAAAUGGCCAAAAUCAAGACAUUCGAACAUUUGAAAUCAUAAUACGAAAUUUAUUCACGGGACGACAUAGUGACAAAGUCAAGCAACUUUACGAUGAAAUACGCAAAUUAGGUGCAGAACCAACAUUAUUCUUGUACAACAUUUUAAUUGAAGGUUUUGUAAAAUUAGAAGACAUGAAUAGUGCACACUGUUUAUACCGUGAUAUGUCAUUGAGGUCAAUAAUUGGUGAUGUUAACACAUAUAAUUUUUUAAUUUGGGGUUAUUCUCAAAGAAUAAAUCUAAAGGAAAUUGUUUUCUUGCUCGACGACAUGCUCUCGUUUAGAAUUCGUCCGAAUAUAUAUACAAUAUCCAUUGUGCUAAAUUUGUAUAUAAGACUCAAUGACCUACAAAGAGCACGUCAGCUCUUUAACAUGCUUCUUGAGUCGAAGGAUCAGAAACCUAAUCUUUAUAUAUUUAAUAGUCUUAUCUCUGGUUAUGCAUAUGUUGCUAAAGACACGGUUGAGGCAAAACGACUCUUACUCCAUCAUCCCAUCACACAAACGUUGCAACCUAGUGCUUUAACGUUCAAUAUUGUUAUACAAGCAUAUACUAUGCAAAAUGAAAUGGAUGCUGCGAUGGAUUUAAUGCGACAAAUGGAAAACAUAUACGGUAUUGAACCAAAUGCAUGGACAUUUUACCAUUUAAUCACUGGUUACUUGAAUCAUGGUCAUUUUAAUAAAGCAUUGACAUUGCUUAAAUAUAUGUCUGAAAGAGGAAUUAAACCGGACUGGCGACUGAAAAAAACACUUAGAGAAAUAAAAUAUAAAAUCUUAUAUAGAAAUCCUAUAAUUUAA